GAAGGCAAAAUUCAUACAAAUCCUAUAAAAAAUGAUGCGCUACGAGGGAAAUGAAGAGCUCGCGGACAAAUCCGCGUGUGCAGGUGUACGAGCAGACUUGAAGAUGUGUCUUUUGCAGAGUGACUGCUGCAAGAAGGAGAAGAAAACUCCCCGAGAAUGUUUGAACCGUACGGAUGGUUCCGUGCCGAACGAAUGCUUUGUGCUGAGGAACACGUUUUUCGAGUGCAAGCGAUCAAUACUCGACAAUCGACAACGAUUUCGCGGUAGAAAAGGCUACUAACCUGUUCAAUGCAUUGUUUCUUCAGGUGAUAG